CUAACCUCAGGGACUAAAAGAGAAAUUGCUGGAAAAAACUACCAAGGAAGGUGCAUAAUCCUGAACAUCACAGCAUUUGCAGCCACCAUAAAACUAACCUAAAAAAUGGCAGCAACUUCUUCUUACGUGGGUUGCGCAAAGUUAUCGACGUUAGGCUGGCUCGGAGGCAAAAGAGUUGGACCAAGAAGGGGACUAACCAUUUCAGCUCAACAGCAAGCCGAGGUUCAAGAAACACAACAAGAGAAUGAACCAAAACAAGACGAGGCAAAACAGCCAACAGAGCCAAGGCCAGUGGAGAAGCAAGUGAAUGUGAAGAGCAAGAAUUUGAGCAAAGAAUAUGGAGGUCAGUGGCUCAGCAGUGUCACACGGCAUGUGAGGAUCUACGCUGCCUACAUUGAUCCUGAUACCUGGGAAUUUGAUCAAACACAAAUGGAUAAGCUCACCCUUCUCCUUGAUCCAUCAAAUGAGUUUGUAUGGACAGAUGAGAGUUGCUAUAAGGUCUAUUCUUACUUUCAGGAGCUUGUCGAUCACUAUGAGGGUGCCCCAUUGACGGAAUACACGCUUCGACUGAUAGGUUCGGACAUAGAGCACUACAUAAGAAAGCUGCUAUAUGCUGGAGAAAUCAAAUACAACAUGGAUGCAAAAGUAUUAAACUUCAGCAUGGGGAAGCCACGCGUUAUAUUUAAUAAUGAUGACCAGAUUCAAGAUGCUGUAUGAGCACGAUUUAGACAAUGCGGCUACAUAUAACAUAAACAAAACAAAUACCAGGUUGUGACUUCUUCGCGAUAUUUAAGAAAUUCCAUCACUCACCUUCAGCAAUAAACUUAAUUCUACUGCA